UUCGCAAUUUUUGUAUGCUAGUUCUGUGCUCCCAUGUGAUCUGAAAACAUAGAAGCGUUACUCCUUUCUAUGAAAUUGUUAUAAAUUUGAAAUUGAUUUAAGUAGUCUACGAUUGUAAAACAAAGUCACGUGCGCUUGUCAAAAUGAGAUCAAUAACUGAAUAUCGUAAGUGCAAGUCUUUAAAUCCAAAAUCGUGAAUGAUUUUUUUAUAAAUCAUACAUAACAGAAGAAAGUAAUUUAUGGAUCAAAGGAAAGGAAAAUAUGGGAAAGAUAAGUGACAAAAGUGAUAAAAAUUUGGGCAAUAAGAGAUUGCAAUAUAUUAUGCGAUUCAAGAUGAUAACUUGAUUGAAGAAGUGAUUUUUUAUCUAUAAAUAAUAAAUAAAAUGAGCUGGAAAAAGACUUCGUUGAUAUUAUGUAUGUUUGGAUUUUUGAAAGAAUUUAGACCUUCUGAACCAUUUGUAACAAAUUAUCUUAUUGGACCGUGGAAAAAUUUUACUUCUGAACAAGUGAACCAGGAUAUUUAUCCACUUGGAACCUACUUCAAUUUAGCCUUUCUGAUCCUGGUGUUCCUGAUAACUGAUUUUUUGCGAUACAAGCCAGUUAUCGUUUUAUGUGGAUUAUCUGGGACAAUUACAUUCUUGACACUACUUUUAGGGAAAACUGUAUUUGAAAUACAAUUAGUAGAAGUUUUUUAUGGAUUGUUUCUUUCCACGGAAGUUGCUUAUUACAGCUACAUAUAUGCCGCAGUGGAAAAAACCCAUUAUCAAAAAGUCACUGGAUUUACAAGAGCCGCAUAUUUGUUUGGACGAUUUAUGUCUGGUCUUGUGGCACAAUGGAAUACGUCUUUUGGUAUACUGGAUUAUGAGCAAUUGCUCUAUCUGACGAUAUCUGCUCUUGCUUUCUCAGCUGCCUGGGCUUUUCUUUUACCAUCGGUCAAUAAGUCAGUAUAUUUCCAUCGAAUUAGCAACACUGAUGUUUUGCCGCUGCCCAAUAAUCUACAAGCUGAUGGGAAAAGCGAUAUUACAUAUGUACCAAAUGAUCAGUCUAGAAAAACAAAGCCUAUUCUGCUAAAAUUGAAGAAUGCAUACCUUCUUUUAUGGAAAGAUUUUCUAAGAGCUUAUACGAAUAUUCAUGUGGCCAAAUGGUCUUUAUGGUGGGCUUUUGCUACGUGUGGAUAUGUACAAGUUGCAAGUUACAUACAACUGAUAUGGGAAAGUGCGGUUGAGGGUAAACAUGUAAACAUUUAUAAUGGUGCAGUCGAAGCUCUUUAUACUAUAAUAGGUGCAGCGGCUGUAUUUGGAGUUGGAGCAUUGCGAGUAAAUUGGCCUUUAUUAGGAGAAAUUACUUUAUCAAUAUUUUCUUUCAUCGAGGGUAUAUUAUUAUUUGUGUCUUUUGAAAGUCACAAUAUCUGGAUAUUAUAUGCAGUUUACAUAGCAUUUGGUGUCAUUUAUCAUACAGUGAUAACCGUUGCCAGCUUUGAAGUCGCAAAGCAUUUAUCUGAUGAUAGUUACAGUUUGAUUUUCGGUAUAAACACGUUCCUUGCUUUAGCACUUCAAAGUCUUUUGACUGUAAUUGUUGCAAGUGGAACUAUUUUUUCCCUCGAUAUCAGGCAACAAUAUCUUGUCUACAGUGGUUGUUUUGCAGUCCUCGGUCUCAUAUUUAUGUUAAUGGCCUUCGUCACGAUUACAAAAUUUUGUAGAGAGGGUAAAAAGUUCAAAAUUUGGUUGGAACCUACGAUUGAUAGAUCAUUAUCUUCUAGCCAAAGUUGAGAAUUAUCAAGAUUGCAACAAAUUGAGCAUCUUAUUUAAUUGUCUGUAUCAGACAGAGGCAACAACCGAUAACGGACACUAAGUUUCAUACUUAAUAUUCUUCCUAUUUAAUAAAAGGACAUGUUUUUUUUACAAUAUUAUUUAAAUUUUACAAACUUUCAUCAAAAUCCAUUGCUUCUUUCAAGCCAUGAAAGAACUUUUACAAAAAUAAGAAUUAUCAAACAUUUUUUUAACUGAUCGAACCAUUCUUAAAAUUUUGAAAAACCUUUAAAAAU